AUGUCCAUAGCACGAUUAAUAUACUCUCUUUUUAGAAGAGUACGAUCGGUUUUGUUGCUUUUCAUUACCAUAUCGCUUCUGUUUUAUUAUACUUUUCAAAAUGAAAUCGACAUCUUGAAUUCGUAUGCUUUGAACGAUUCAUUGCCGUCUAUAAACAACAAUGAGCACACUAUAAAAAAAUCCUCGAACCUGGAGUCUGCAGACCUGCAUUUAUCUACCUCCGACCGAAUAGACACUGACAGGAACAACAACGUUGCCGUGGACUUGGCAGAUCCCGCUACAUUAAGAGAAAAAAACAUGUACUUCCCGCUGCUGUUAAGGGAAUCGUCUGAGCUAAUUGGUUCGAAUUUACCGCUUUCAUCCCUAUUGACAUAUAAGGAAAAGCAUCCCGUCCUGUUUGAAUACUCAUUGCCUUCUCAAACAUCUCUAAUACAGGAUGACACUCGUAAAGACCGGCCCGCCACGCAAUUGCCUCCAGAUAUUGACAUGGUCAAACAGGUGAAAGACAUUUUCAUGAAAUCGUGGAACCAAGAACAGCUACUAUUGAAAAGUAAUCUAAGAAGAGAAGUCACCUGGCCCGUGGAGCUAAUUGAUUCUUUAGAUACCCUGUAUUUAUGUGGUGAAACAAAACUUUUCCAAGAUUCUGUUAAUCUAAUUGAAGACUUUGACUUUCGGGCACCUCCGCUGGCAAUGGAAGUUAUUGAUAUCCCUGACAUCACCACCCGUGUACUUGAAGGGCUGCUGUCUGCGUACGAACUAUCAAUGGAUAAAAGAUUACUUAACAAGGCAAAGCAAGCCGCGGAUUUUAUACUACGAUCUUUUGACACCCCUAAUAGAAUUCCCAUUUUGAAAUUUUUUUGGAAAUCUGACCUGAGAAAUAGAUUUCCCGAUCGCACUGUCCCAUCGGGGCAAUUGACUACAAUGUCACUCGCAUUUAUUAGACUGUCACAGCUGGCUCAUUUAAAUAAAUACUUUGAUGCUGUAGAAAGAGUUUUUGCAACUUUACGCCAAUCGUACAAUGAAUUUGAUAUGGAUUUUAUGCUACCUGACGUUGUUGAUGCUUCUGGCUGCCGGUUGUUGACUCCAAAAGAAAUUGAAAAAGGUGUACACAUAAAGGGAUCCAAAAUUAUGAAAAGCAUAGAUGAAGACUUCAAGUUUGUCCACUGUCAACAACAGGGGAUAUUUCUAAAAUCACCUACAGAAGACAAUCCCCAACAGCUGCCUCAACACCAGACUUACGGAAUUAAUGAAAAGACACUACCAAUUUUAGAGAAUUUAUUCAAAAUCAAUGAUCUUUUCCAAUUCUCCUAUGACAUAUUGGACGGAUCAAGUAAAAACGCCAACGCAGCCCCGACUGACUCCAAUAUCAAUACAGAUAUGGGACCUGAUGAUGAAUUCAUAAAAGAAGAUGAUGAAUUAAUUCAAAAAAGAAACUUGAAAAGUGGUACGAAAAAGGAUUCGACAAAAAAUACCCCGAACGGCAAAUCAGUUAUAGACUCCCAGAUGUUUUUAACAUAUUUCAUCAAUCAUAUUUUUAAAUUCAUGACUUUUCAACCGAUGUUCCCCAAGAAAAUAGGAGACCAGAAGAUAAAAUUUUUGAGUUCCAUACUGACAAACUCUCAAUUUAUGCCCACAACUAAUGAGUUGGAUGUCACGAUAAGAAGAUCGUACGAUGUCUCAUCAAGCUCAUGUAGACUGGGCGGUAUUCUGGGCUUAAGCUCGCGCGUGUCCCCUCAAAGUGGCACCAACGGCAAGUAUAUUUUACCAUCGUCAUUGUUGGAAAUGAGCGAAACAAUCACACAGAGUUGUUUCUUAUUAAUGAAGGAGUUCGACGGGCUGGUCCCUCAAAGAUUCGAAUUGGAUCCUUGCGCUGACGGGGAUUGCGAAUUCGAUAGUGGCAUUAAAUCGCAAAUGAUCCUCGAUGGCGAGUACGAGACCAUUGAAAAUGACCAGAGUAUUGGGAUCGAAGUUUGGAACCAUGGUAGAGAUGGAGGUGUCCAAAAAGCUAAGAGAAAUUCAAUAGUUGAAGGCGGGACAACAAAGGCCCAAAGCACCACAAAUGAUAAACCUGGAAACGCAAAGGCUGUUGCCGCAGGAAACGAUGACGAAAGGACACAGAUGCGUAGAGUUUUUACGCUUGGCAAGAACAUCAAACCGCACAUAACAAAGAACGACAUCAGUGGCUCACAGUGGAAUAACCAUCCUGACUGGCCAUUUUGGGUCAACAAAGUAGAAUCCAGAAGGUUACUGGAUUCCAAUAUCAUCGAAUCUGUAUUUUAUAUGUAUAGAAUCAGCGGAAAACAAAAGUGGAGAACUAUGGGUAAGCAGUCGUUUGAAAUUCUGAUAAAAGAAAUGAUAAAACUGAACAGCGGUGCUAAGGGGUUGUGGCAAGUAAAGGAAUUUUAUGAAAACGGCGAAAAAGUGAACAAUGAUUUACCAAGCUAUUGGUUUUCCAGGACAUUGAAAUAUUACUUGUUAUUAUUCAGUGAUGGUGAUGAGAUUUCAUUAGACAAAUAUAUCCUGACCCAGGGAGGUCACGUAAUCAAAAAGAAAUGA